AGGUUGUCAUGUUCCAUCCCACACCUGUCGACGCGUUCAUCGGUCUCACUGGCGGUGCUUUGCUUUGGGGGAGACCUCGGACCUUGGAUCUGAGGCACUCAUCAUAGCAUAGUAGUGUAUCCAGGAUAGAGCAUUGACGCUCAACGCGACCGUAUCAGGCGACACGUUCAAAGCGGUGAGCCAUAUCGUGGAGCCACCAGUGGGUACAGGCAGUCGAGCGCCCUUGACGACCCGCAGACCGUAUCCGGUAGGCCGGAUCUCUAGCUCACAUGCAUGCUGAGGCCUUUUGGCCAUCUAUAUAAGAGGCCAAGAAAUCACCUCAGAAAUGCCAUCCAGCACAACUCUUCAAUCUCAACAACUCUUUCCCAUCUUAUUUCAUAGGUCAAGCCGGUCUUGCCUAUCUUUUUUUUUCUUGUCUACUUUAGCCUUUACCCUACCAUAGCUUGCUGGUCUUGCUUCUUCGAUCUUCUCCGGUUUUCACGCAUUCACCAACCCUUCACUCAACUUUUCAAGAUGUUUACCUCCAGCCUCGUCGCUCUCGCCAUCGCUGCCACUUCCGUCCUUGGUGCCAACCACACUGUUCUCGUCGGCCAGAACUCUACCAAGACCUUCACUCCUUCCGAGCUGACUGCGGCUGUUGGUGAUACCGUUGAGUUCCAGUUCGUCGGAGGCAACCACACUGUGACCCAGUCGACCUUUGCCAACCCGUGCACCAACUCGGGCUUCAAGUCUGGCUUUGUGAAAGGUAACGCCAGUAACCCUACCAGCUUUACCAUCUCUAUCAACGACACUACUCCUCUCUGGAUGUACUGCGGUCAGACUGGGCACUGCGAAGCUGGUAUGGUCAUGUCUAUCAACGCUCCCUCUACUGACAAGACAUUCGCCGCAUUCCAGGCCGCUGCCGCAGGAAACUCUUCCUCUACCGACUCGUCCUCCUCUUCCAACAGCACCGCGACUGCCUCUGCCUCUUCUACCAAGACCAAGAACAAGAACAAGGACAAGAGCUCCAGCACUGCUUCCGAAACGGCUUCCGGGACUGGUGGCAGCUCUACUGCCUCUGCUGCUGCUGACUCUGCUUCCUCUGCUGCCGAGCUCCAGCUUGGCAUCCCCGGCGUCUCUGGUCUUCUUAUGGCCAUUGCCGCUCUUGCUGUGGGCACUGUUCUCUGAUCGGUUCGAGGCUCUGGACGAUGGACAUAGAUUGAGUCAAUGCGAGAUGUGUAUGGGUAUGAAUGUAUUACCGAGACUUAUCACUGCAAUUUUGUGGCCAAAGCUUUGAGAAUGCAAGUGGCG